AUACACCAGAUUUAUUUAACUACUGGCAACCACUUUCUUUUUUCUUCAUAGGGCAAUGAGUUAAAAGAUUAUUUACCUCCCUUGGUUACAAAAAGAAGAAAUAUUUCUUCCAAGAUUGGGUAGCUGCGGCCAGUUCUCUCAGAGAAAUUAUUUACCUCAAAGAUUCAGAGCACGGAGCCUGGAAGCCUUGGCCCACCCGACUCCUUGCGCUGCACUGCAUGGGCGUCUUCUGAGGGUGGCAUUUCAAAAGCCAGAUAAAAGCCGAAUGAGGCGGCUGGGGAAAUUGUCCAACGUAGCUGUUCUGAAAACCACCCUCCAUUUCAUUCUGGAGCAGGGAAGUUACACCCAGACAUCACAAAAGCUUCUCUCCUCACAGAAAAUUAACUGAUGGAGAAACUGCCGCUUAGAGCUUUUGACUGACUUCCCAAGGCCACACAGUUAAUCACAGAUAGAGUGACCAGAAAACUCACGACAGCAACCUGAAAUAAAAGCAUAAUCUUGCAAGCCUUAAAGAGAAGCAGUAAUAAACUGGCAAAAUGGUCAGAAUCAAAUUUUUCAGAACUCUGGAAGUUACCCAAAGACUUGCAACAAUCUGGGGAGUGUUUGUCAAAGAGAAGGAGGAGGAAAAAUGAGAGGAGGAAAAACAACUCAAUCUCAGUAAAAGAAAUGAGUUUUGUGUCUUUACAAAAAAAAAUUUUUUUUUAAUUUUUUGGCCACACCGCUCAGCAGAGCUUAACAGAUUGUGCAAAUCAGAACAUAAACCUCUGGGUGGAACAUCAAGUCAACUGUUAUAUUUGUUCAUUCUGCAAGAUCAUGGAAGAUCUAGAGGAGACACUAUUUGAAGACUUUGAGAACUACUCCUACGCCCUGGAGUAUUACUCCCCAGAGACCGAUUCAGAGGAGAAAGCACAGCUGGGAGCCAUUCACUGGGUCUCCUUGGUGCUGUGUUGUUUGGCAUUUGUCCUGGGCAUCCCAGGAAAUGCCACCGUCAUUUGGUUCACGGGAUUCAAGUGGAAGAAGACAGUCACCACUCUCUGGUUCCUCAAUCUAGCCAUCGCGGAUUUCAUUUUUCUUCUCUUCCUGCCUCUGUACAUCUCCUAUGUGGCCAUGAAUUUUCACUGGCCCUUCGGCAUCUGGCUGUGCAAGGCCAAUUCCUUCAUUGCCCAGUUGAACAUGUUUGCCAGUGUCUUCUUCCUGAUGGUGAUAAGCCUGGACCGCUAUAUCUACUUGAUCCACCCUGUCUUAUCUCACCGGUACCGAACCCUCAGGAACUCUCUGAUUGUUAUUACAGUUGUUUGGCUUUUGGCUUCACUAGUUGGUGGGCCAGCUCUGUACUUCCGGGACACUCUGGAGUUGAAUAACCACACUCUUUGCUAUAAUAACUUCCACGAGCAUGAUGUGGACCUCAGGUUGAUGAGGCAUCAUGUUCUGACCUGGGUGAAAGUUAUUGUUGGGUACCUCCUCCCUCUGCUAACAAUGAGCAUUUGCUACUUGUGCCUCAUCUUCAAGGUGAAGAAGCGAAGCAUCCUGAUCUCCAGUAAGCACUUCUGGACCAUCCUGGCUGUGGUCAUGGCCUUUCUGAUUUGCUGGACUCCUUAUCACCUGUUUAGCAUUUGGGAACUCACGAUUCACCACAAUAGCUAUUUCUACCAAAUGCUACAGGCUGGCAUCCCCCUCUCCACCGGCCUGGCGUUCCUCAAUAGUUGCUUGAACCCCAUCCUUUACGUCCUGAUUAGUAAGAAGUUUCAAGCGCGCUUCCGGGCCUCAGUGGCUGAGAUACUAAAAUACACGCUGUGGGAGGUGAGCUGUUCAGGCACCCUGAGUGAACAGCUCAGGAACUCUGAAACCAAGAACCUGAGUCUCCUGGAAACAGCCCAGUGAAUUCUUGCCCUCCCACCUAUCACCACACAACCUUUGUGUGGUUCCCCUGACAUGCUUUCAGAUUAUUUGCUUCCAAGACAUAGAGCUGAUUGUAUCUUUUUAUUUUUAUUUUUUUGGUAAUUUUAUUGGCACCCUAUUUUUCUUUAGAUAUAAAACAUAAUAAGGAUCUUCAUUUUUCUUUUCAGCAACUUAAAUUAUCUUAUUCUUGUUAAUUAUACCAUAGUGGAUUAACCAGCAUUACUUUUCUAAUUUUAAUGACUUUUUAAAACUUCUAAAUUUUAAUAUUAAACGUAUGAUUGAUUUCAAAAAUAUAAAAGUAGGUGUGCUUAAGCUCACUUUAAUUCUGCACAAGUAACCUAUUAGACUUAUUCUUAAAAUGCAACAUAUGUACUUAAUUUCUUUAUUUCAUGUAAUCUGUAUACGUGCCUUUAUGAAUUAAAGUGAUAAUUGAUUAUA